UAUAAGCAAUGAUUGCUAUUGACGGCCAACGAUGUCUGCGACUGGCUGUGGACAUCCGCUCGUAGCCGACUUGUCGAAAUGGUUAAGAAUGUGAGCCGGUGUGAACUAACUGCAAUCACCUAACUGUUACCGCUUGUGCCGAACGCGCGCGACUAGGAGCGCUGCGCAGGAGUUCGCGCGCGAAUCGUAUAUUCAAAAAUCGAACAUUGCGUCUGAACGUUCCUAAUAGAAUCCCCAAAUAAUAUUUAAAUGCUAUUUUAGAUUUUUUAAUCAAAAGCGUUUUAAUUUAUAUUUUUUUUGGUAAAUUCUAAUAAAUGAAACUAAGGCAGCAAAUGAAGCCUAAGUGAAGUGAUGAUACAUGGUUGUGAAUAAGUUUUAAUUACAGAAAAGAUACGCGUGACGUAGUCAUGGCUGUGGAUAGCAAAAAUGCGGAGAAUAACAAAACUACUGAUAAAACUCUUAAUGUUAAUGGUGGUGACUUAAACGGAACUAAUGUAAUUAAGAAUAGUUUUAGUAAAGUUAAAGAACUCGACAAUAUGACUAAUAUAAAGUUGGAUAAAGAACAUGAAGCGAAAAUUGAGAAGAACGAAGAAGAUCCUUGGGAAGGACUAAGUCAUUUUCAAAAACUGAGACGUAUGAUCUCUCUUAUUACGGUAGAACCUAUUUUAGCUUGUUAUGUAAUGCCCUCAGUCCUGUCUGUAUUAGCAACACAAAAUCUUUACUUGGAGAAAGCGUGCCGAGUAAACCUUCAGUUUGACCACCACAUAUGUGAUGCCUUGACUCGAAGAGAAACAGCAAACUAUACGGCAGAAGAAGAAGCAGUGCAAACGCUAGUAGCAUCAGUUACUGGAUGGAAAACUGUGUUACAAUCAUUUCUACCUUGUGGAAUAUUGAUAUUUCUUGGAGCGUAUAGUGAUAGAGUCGGACAGAGGAAAGUUUGUAUGCUGCUACCAAUCGUUGGAGAAUUCUUAACGAGUAUAGGUCUGAUUGUGAAUACGUAUUUCUUCUAUGAACUACCAGUGGAAGUGGCGGCAGUUACGGAAGCAAUAUUUCCAGCCAUGACGGGUGGUUGGUUUACAAUGUUCAUGGGGGUGUUCAGUUACAUAGCGGAUAUAACGACAGAGGAACAAAGGACGUUGCGGAUAGGGAUAGUGAAUCUGUUCCACUCUGUAGGAGUGCCCGUCGGUGCAGCUCUCAGUGGGAUAUUGGUGCGAAAGAUCGGCUUAUACGGUGUGUUCUCAGUUAGUGCGACGCUGUACGUAUUAAGCUUCAUCUAUGGAUUUGUCCGCAUCAAGGAAGUGAAGAAGCAGGAUCCUUCAGUGAAACCGCCAGAAAACUGCUGUGAGCGUCUCCGAACAUUCUUCGACACCCGAUAUGUGAAGGAGACGCUGAUGGUGGCUUUCAAACGAGGUCCGAACAACAGGCGACUUCGAGUUAUCAUGUUGGUGGUCGUCAUGUGUGUUAUCAUUGGACCUAUUUAUGGUGAAAUGUCAGUGCUGUACCUCUUCACGAGGUACCGGUUCAACUGGAAUGAAGUGGAUUUCAGCAUGUUCUCUACUUACGCCAUGUGUACUUCAUUAGUAGGCACUUUAUUCUCGGUGGGAGUGUUCAGCCACCUGUUGAAGUUCGACGACGCCAUCAUCGGUGUCAUAUCAUGCACCAGCAAAAUAUUAGCCGGUUUUAUGUAUGCCUUCUCUACGAAGACAUGGCAAAUAUACAUAGCUCCACUGAUUGAAAUAUUUAAUGGAACUUCGUUCAUCGCGAUGAGGUCAAUGGUCUCCAAAUUGGUGGACAGACAUGAGUUAGGUAAAGUCAAUUCUUUCUUCGGCGUGGCUGAAGCAAUGAUGCCAUUAAUUUACGCACCCAUGUAUACGACAUUGUAUACUGCUACUAUCAAGACCUUCCCUGGAGCCUUCUUCCUUCUCGGUGGAGGACUGACCAUGCCCGCUGUUGUUAUAUUCUUGUGGUUAUACCUUGCCAACAAAAAGCACAUUCAAGCAAAUUUAGAAAAGGAGGCUGAACUCAAAGCAAAAGAAGCCUCAGAAAAAACUGGUAUUGAAAAUGUAGCUUAUGAGACUGACGAAACGGAGAAGAAACCUCAAAAACAAAACACAACGGAAGACAAUAAUAUAAACGAUAGUGUUACACAGUCGCAAAUCGAAAUGGGAUUCAUAGAAAGCAUGGUAAACAAUAGUAAGGUACAACACUAGAAUAUUAAUGUAAAUAUUUUAAUGGGAA